UGGAAAUGCUGGCGGUAGCAGAGUGCGCGAAGUUGGUGGGGUGGUGGCACGAGGUAGAGUGGUGGCCCGCGGGGCGCGCGGUGUGACUGCCCGCGGGGCGCGCGGUGUGACUGCCCGCGGAGCGCGCGAUGGUGUAGCAGCCCGUGGUGUGGCGGGAGGGACGCGAGGCCGUUUACCUGCUACGCGUGGUGGGCGGCAAAAUGCUGACUCUGCUGAGGCUAUGGACCUACGGUCAACGCUGGACACCAUAGUCUGUCAACAGCCACCAGCGUCACCUGUUCCAGUGCCUUCCCCUGAUCCUGACACAACAGUGCCUUCAGGCCACCCACUCUUGGACUCACCCGCACAGCAGGAGUCAGCCCCACCUUCCCCUGCUCUCGAAGAUGAGGACGACGAAGACCCGGAAUAUGGGGAGGUUGGUCUCCCGCCCGUAUUCCUUUCACGGUCGGAGACAAUGUUUCUUGGAGAGGAAGCAGAUGAAGUCCCACCCACAGGUAUGUAA